AUGGCUAACAGUGUGACCGUCAACAAAGAGGCUACGAAAAGUACCUUCACUUGCAGUUUUUACCGUGAGGACACGACCCCUUUGGUUCAGUUGAGCACCCUAGUUACUGGGCACAAUCUGGAUGAGUUCAGAAAGACUUAUGGCCACAUUCUGCUUAUGUUAACUACUCGUAUUGAUGAGUGGGGUCUCUAUACUCUUCUUCAGUUCUAUGAUUCUGAGCUGCGCUGCUUCACCUUUCAAGAUUACCAAUUAGCCCCUACCCUCGAAGAGUAUGCACACAUUCUUCAAAUCAAAGUCCAACAUAAGGUUCCUUUUGUAUGUGUACCUGAGAAGCACAAAAUGGACCGCAUUGCGGGUGCUCUUUAUUUGAGCUUGAAGGAUGUUACGGAUAACUGGAAGCCUAAUGGUGGAACCCAUGGAUUCUAUGUGAGAUUUCUGAUGAAGAAGGCUGAAGCCCUUGCUAUUGAGGAAAAGUGGAAAGAAUUCAAUGCUCUCCUGACCGUCAUGAUCUAUGGAUUAGUGAUGUUCCCGAAUAUUCCAAAUUUUGUCGAUCUUACUGCCAUCUGUCUCUUUAUGGAUCAAAAUCCUGUGCCCACUCUGUUGGCCGACACUUAUUAUGCCAUCCAUUCUAGGUAUGGGAAAAAAGGAUCAGUUGGGGGCUGUUUACCAAUACUAUACGAAUGGUUUUCUUCACAUUUGCCUAAAAGCGGAGCGUUUGUCACCACAAGAGAUUCACAGAAAUGGCCUCAAAGGAUCAUGGGACUUACUGCAAACGAUAUUGUUUGGUAUCACCUCCGAACAAACAUAGAGCAAGUUAUAACCAGAUGUGGCAAUUUUGACAAUGUUCCUCUCAUAGGAACAAAAGGAGUUAUCAAUUAUAAUCCGAGGCUCGCACUGCGCCAGUUGGGUUUUGCACUGAAGGACAAGCCUUUGGAUAAAGAGAUAUUCGAGACUGUUUGCUUUGAGAAAGGAACCGACCCAAAAGGUUUGGAGAAGGCAAGAAGCGCGUGGAACAACAUUCAUACAGAUGACCGAACUACCUUGGGGGGGAAGAAUGCUAUUGCUAAGCAAGCUUAUACUGAAUGGGUUAAAGAGAGAGUUAAGGAAUGCCUGUUGCCCUUCCCGAAGGUUAGUCCUCUAUAUGAACAACCACCUGAGAUUUUAACUGCCACUGUACCAGCUGAAGAGUACAACCAAGUGCAUGUGGAAAAUAUCCGGUUGCGAGAAAAAGGGGAAGAUGCUAAGAUAAAGUACUUCUUGGUGGAUCAGAAAAGGGAUGAAUAA